AUGACUCUCAUACAGCUUCAAAAAUUUUGGGAUGUUGCCAUGUUAAGGUGUAGCAUUUUCCAGUUCUCAUUGUCAACAAAAGCCUUCCGCAUCCUCAGGAUUUGGAUGGCAGAGGUUUUUCACAGUGUUAUAUAUGACAUAAUUCAGAAAGGUGGAAAUGCUGGGAAAAUUACAAUUACGGGAGCCAAAAAGUUGAAGCUGGAAAAAGGGAUCCUUUUGGAUAAUUAUGUUCGGAGGGGUCCUAGAUUAGUGGACGCCCAAGCAAGAUCUUUGCUGAUUUAUUCAAGGCGAUCAAAAAGGCACAUGUCUCUGAAAAAACAUAAGAAAUGUGAUUCAUUUGAUAGAUGGUACAUUCCACAAGUUUUAGAUUCCUACUAG